AUUUGCACUUGCGCAUAUAUAGCGAUUAGCGCAUGGCUGGUUAUUGGUUAGAACUCUGAUUUUGGACAGACAUUUGUCAUCUAUGUACUCACUAUUCAGUCAUCAGUAUCACUAGUCAACAUUUCAUUCUUACUUUUGUAUGACGACCGCAUCUGUAUUUACUUUCCUUUGAUGUACACACGGUUGAUCUAUCCCUUCUAUAUGUAAUGUACAUUAGUGAAAAAAAAAAGUAACGUUAUUUCUAAUUUUUUGACCGUGAUUCGUGACCUUUAGAGGUCGUUUUGAAACGGCAGUCGUUUUAAAAUAGCGUUUAGUAAUAUAACGCUUGUUGCUAUACAAACAGCUAUAAUAAUUAUUGAUGUCAACAAUUAGUGAUUUUUGUUUUACAAUGAUUAAUUAGGUCGUUUAUUUAGUAAAAUAACAAAAAAUAUAUUCUUACUUAUUGGUUUUUACCACUUCUUUGCUUUAACGACACUGACCAAUAAUGGAAGAAGAACAGAAAAGGUUUAUUGAACGGGGUUCACACAAGGGCAAAGGGCUUGCAGUAUUCACUAGUGGUGGUGAUUCACAAGGUAUGAAUGCGGCUGUCCGUGCUGUUGUGCGUAUGGCCAUAUAUUUGGGUUGCAAAGUCUUUUUCAUAAAAGAGGGUUAUCAAGGGAUGGUAGACGGUGGGGAUAAUAUUGUAGAAGCUAAUUGGUCUUCGGUAUCCUCAAUAAUACAUAAGGGUGGUACUGUAAUUGGUUCAGCACGUUGUAUGGACUUCAAAGAUCGUGCUGGACGAUUGAAGGCUGCGUGCAACUUGGUAAAACGUGGAAUCACCAAUUUAGUAGUAAUAGGAGGUGAUGGCUCAUUAACGGGAGCCAAUCUAUUCCGACAAGAAUGGUCCAGCUUACUGGACGAAUUAUUGAAAAAUCAACAACUCAAUAAAACUGAACGCGAAAAAUAUGCCCAAUUAAAUAUUGUCGGUAUGGUCGGCUCCAUCGACAAUGAUUUCUGUGGUACAGACAUGACGAUUGGUACCGACUCUGCUUUACAUCGUAUCAUGGACGCUAUUGAUGCAAUUGCAUCGACCGCAUACUCCCAUCAGAGAACAUUUAUUAUGGAAGUGAUGGGACGCCAUUGUGGGUAUUUAGCUCUCGUCACGGCAUUGGCGUCUGAAGCCGAUUUUGUGUUCAUACCGGAAUGGCCACCGCACCAAGACUGGGCAUCGAAAAUGUGUAAAAAGUUAUUACAGGAACGAACAGCAGGUCAGCGAUUAAACAUUAUAAUAGUGUCAGAGGGUGCAAUUGACCGUGAAGGCAAACCCAUUACAGCGGAGAUGGUGAAACAAGUGGUUGUGGACAACCUAAAGCAAGAUACUCGUAUUACUGUUUUAGGUCACGUUCAGAGAGGCGGUGCUCCAUCAGCAUUCGAUCGAGUUUUGGGAUGCAGAAUGGGAGCUGAAGCUGUAAUGGCUCUAAUGGAAGCUACUCCGGAAACUGAAGCGUGUGUUGUGUCUUUGGAUGGUAACCAAGCUGUUCGUUUACCAUUGAUGGAAUGUGUGGAGAGGACAAAGGCUGUCGCUAAAGCGAUGGCAGACAAAAAUUGGGAAUUAGCCGUUCAGUUGAGAGGAAGGAGUUUUGCUAGAAAUUUAGAAACUUAUAAAAUGUUGACUCGUUUGAAGCCUCCACGUUCAGCUUUUGACGAAAUGGGACGGGGAUUGGAAGGAUACACUCUUGCAGUGAUGCAUAUCGGCGCUCCAGCUUGUGGUAUGAAUGCGGCUGUCCGUUCGUUUGUGCGUAAUUGUAUUUACAGAGGCGACACUGUCUAUGGAAUUCACGAUGGCGUCGAAGGAUUGGUUGCUGGAAACAUCACAGUAAUGCAGUGGUCUGACGUAACCGGUUGGGUUGGUCAAGGCGGUGCUAUGUUGGGCACAAAACGUACAUUACCCGAAAAGCGUAUGCCUGAAAUCGCAGCGAGACUUAAAGAGUUCAAUAUCCAAGCUCUUUUGAUUAUCGGAGGGUUUGAAGCAUAUCAAGCUGGAGUGCAAUUGGUUCAAAACCGAGAUAAAUUUAAAGAGUUCUGCAUACCGAUGGUCAUUAUACCUUCGACUAUUAGUAAUAAUGUACCCGGUACGGAAUUCUCUUUAGGUUGCGAUACGGCUCUGAACGAGAUUACCGAAAUCUGUGAUCGGAUUAGACAGUCCGCUCAAGGAACGAAGCGGCGUGUCUUUGUUAUUGAAACAAUGGGCGGAUUUUGUGGAUAUUUGGCUACUGUAGCUGGUUUGGCAGGAGGAGCGGAUGCAGCGUAUAUUUAUGAGGAGAAGUUCACAAUUAAAGACUUGCAAAAUGAUGUGUAUCACAUGGCGUCCAAAAUGGCUGAAGGUGUUCAACGAGGCUUGAUAUUAAGAAAUGAGAAAUGCAGUGAAAACUACAAUACAGAUUUCAUAUUUAGGCUGUACACCGAAGAAGGAAAAGGGCUUUUCAGCACUCGUAUGAAUGUUCUCGGGCACAUGCAACAAGGUGGUUCGCCCACACCAUUCGAUCGGAAUAUGGGCACAAAACAGGCAGCUAAAUGUGUCGAAUGGCUUGUAGAAAAAUUAAGGGAGUCCACUAGACCGGACGGAACUAUCUACACUGAAGCUCCAGAAACAGCCGCAAUGAUGGGGGUUGUCAGGCGGCAAUAUCGAUUUACCCCGCUGACGGAUUUAGUUCCACUUACCAACUUUGAACAACGGAUACCCAAAACUCAAUGGUGGUUGAAACUUAGACCAAUGUUACGCAUCCUUGCUAAGCACGAUAGUACUUAUGAAGAAGAAGGUAUGUACAUCACUGUGGAAGAAGGACUGGAAGCAGAUACAUUGCUGGUUUAAAAACAAAAACACAUUAGACUUGUUUUGUUGUAUUUAAAUUAUGCCGUUGUUGAUGACUUAGCACAUGGAUCAUGAUAAUAAAUAACAUAUAGUAACUAAACUUGAUUUUUCUAAAUUAUAAAAAAACAUUUUCGUGUUAUAAACUAUAUUAGUAAAUACUCUAGUCAUGUUGUAUAAUGUAGGUAAUUCCAUUUGAAAUGAAAAGAAAACAUUUACUAUUUGACCCACUUGUUUAAUUAUUUGUUAAUCGGUUUUUACUUGAGAUAAAAAUGUAAAUCCGUCUAUUUAGUACUUACUUGUAGGAGCAAAAAUAUUUUUUUUUGUUUAGCCUCUCGAAUUUCUAUAUUAAUUUUAACUGUUAGUAGUUUGAUAAUAAUAUUAUGUAUUGUGUACCAAUUAUGUGUUACUUAUGUUGUAAUAAUAUCCAUGUUGUUUUUUUAUUGUUUAUUUCAUUACGUCAUCCUAUUGUCAAAUGUUUUUUUUUUGUGUGUAAACUAAAUAUGAAAUUAU